AUGCCUCGAGCCCGAGCCCGCAAGCAGACGACCGGCAAAAUGAUACUGAACGGCAGCGCGGACGGGCAGGUCUUUCACGUCGUCGUCCUGGGAGCGUCUGGGGGACCACGAGAAGACACGGCGACGGGCAUCCUCGUCCGGUCGGCGUCUACAAACUGGGCCAAAGGCUCUGUCGUGGCCGUCGACGCCGGCACGCUGCUGUCGGGCCUCAUCCGCAUCCUCGAGACGGACUCACCGACCGAACUCGCUACAGACGCCCGUGGCCAGCGAAGAGUCGUCUGCUCAGGGCCCCUUGCCGGCCUGGAGCUGCCUCACGUCUCCCCCGAUGCGAACGCGGCUCACAUCUUCCGCGACAUCCUGGCCGGCGUGCUGAUAACGCAUCCUCAUCUCGACCACGUCUCGGGCCUGGCCAUGAACACGCCCGCCGUCGAGGCGCAGUCCGGUCCCAAGACGGUCGCAGCGCUGCCCUCGACCAUCGCGGCGCUGAAGAAUCAUCUGUUCAACGACAUUACAUGGCCGAACCUGUCGGACGAGGAUGGCGGCGCGGGCCUCAUCACGUACCAGCGGCUGGUAGACGGUGGAAAUCAGCGACUUGGGCGUGGGCCUGCGAAGGGAUACGUCAGGGCUUGUGAUGGGUUGAUGAUCAAGUGUCUGGGUGUCAGCCAUGGGAGGUGUAGGCAGCGAUACAACCCGGAGACCGAGAAGCAUCAUCGGGCUGAGAGUACGGUGUUUAUGACCGAUCCGGUCCUGCUGCCCUCGCGGAGGGUGUCUAUGGACGCUUCGUCUUUACGGUCAUAUUCUCCCUCGACUCAGGCCCAGCAGCUGUCCUUCAGUACGAACGGAAAGGAUAACUCGAUAUAUGCCACGGUCGAAAGUUCAGCCUUCUUCAUCCGCGACGAUCUCACCGGCUCUGAGAUUAUAAUAUUCGGCGACAUCGAGCCAGACUCCAUCUCCCUCGAGCCACGCAACGAGCGAGUCCUCGACUCCCAGAAGCCACAUAAGAGCGACUCGAGGAAGCGUAAACGAGCCUCUUCCUUCAGCAGCGCCCUGCCUCCCCCCCAGCCUCCAGCAGCAGCAGCAGACCAGUCUAACGCUCCGCUCAGCCCAAAGUCAAAGGAAAGUAAACCAUCCUCAUCCUUUCCGGCACCCUCAGUGCCCAAGAAAAAAUCUUCGCCAACAGGGCAUAAUACCCGCCAGUCUUUGGAGAAGGUAGAAUUCUCAAUGACCUAUCCUCCCGAACCGCCAAAACCAUCCUCCAACCCCGUGGAUGCCACCACCGACAACAAUACACCGACACCGAAAACAGACAAACAAACACGCUAUCGAACUUCCAUAGGCGGAACGACCCGCCCUCUACCACUGCAGGAUCUCACAGUGUACAUCAUACAUGUUAAAGAUACCCUGACCGACGACGGAUCUCCUCGUAGCCAGAUCCUGUCUGAAUUAAGACAGCUGGGCGAAGAGGCAGGUCUAGGCUGUGAAUUCCACGCCCCAUUAUCCGGUGAGGGCGUAUUUAUCUAG